AUUACUCUCAAUGCAAUUAUGGCAAUAUCCACACUUGCAGUUGGUAUUGGCUCGAUUAAGCUCAACAUUGCCCUGAGCCACAUGUCGAAAUUGUCAGCACUCAGCACAGGCAUUUUGAUAGGGACUGCUCUAGGCGUUAUAUUACCAGAAGGAAUUCAGACUCUCUUCAUCGCACAGGACACCUUGUUGUAUCUAGAUUCUUUAGGAAUGCCCUCGUCUUUUAUUGUGGGUGCUUCUCUUUUGCUUGGCUUCAUUGUCCUAUUUUCUUUUGAACAUAUAUUAAGCCUGCGUGACAACUUACGAAUGGUAAUGCCAGAACUACAUCAAUCACGCUUUAUAUGGACUAUUGUGCUGUCUUUGCUCAAAUCGACUCUUACUUUGGGUUUGAUCAUUCACUCCUUUGUUGAUGGCAUUGCUCUAGGUGUAUCUUUCUACGACGAAAAUAAAACCUUUCAAAUAUUGUUCUUCUUCAUGAUUGUGAUCCACAAGCUCCCCACAGCAUUCAGCCUAUCAAUAGUCUUGCUCCGAGAAGGUAUAUCGCUUAGCAUGUGCAAGUACCACAUUCUUGCCUUUGCACUAGCGACACCUAUUUCGUCUACUUUGGCAUACUUUCUUGUCUUUGUUUUCGACUUAAGCAGCCCAUUUAUCUUAGGUAUAUUGUUACUUAUAAGCGCCGGUACAUUCAUAUUCAGUGUUUUACAUGUGAUGACGGAAAAUUCU